CAUUCAAUUCACAGUCGCCGACGAAGAUUAGAAGAAAUAAUCGCAAGUUUGGCAAUAAGUAUGUCAGAGGCCAUCAUCUUACGGGUGAUAGGGGAACUGGAGAGCUUUCUGGCUGAAAUGCCGUGGAUCAAAAUCUAUAUUCAACCGGAAACACUAGAUUCCCAGAAAGAGUUAAUAAAAGAGCUCAAAAUGAUGUCGGACUUCGUGAGAGACAAUAAAUCUGAAGAGAAGAGCAGGAAACAUAGUUUGCUAGCUGACUUUGCUGAGAUGGCUCAAGUUUCAGCAGAACACAUAACGUGGCUGAAAACUUAUAUGAUCUCCAAGGACCUACGCGGGCUGAGGAAGAUAAAAAAGCGCAUGUUGGAGUCUGAAGUUGGUGAGGCGGUGAGUAGUUCACAAACUGCCGGAGAAGAAGGAGAUGGAUCAGGUGUCGUGGUGGGCUUGGAGAGAGACGUGCAACAGCUUGUGUUUAAAGUGAUUCUCAGUGAAGAGAUGUGGCUUAUUGCUAAACCGGUACUUAUCAAAGGCAUGGUUGGCGUGGGAAAGACAACUCUGGCUAGACAAGUAUACAACCAUGCGGCCAUCGUUGGAAAAUUCAAGCACCGCGCAUGGAUAAGCCUUUCUAGUUACACAAGUAAACAUGAGGUGCUUGUGGAACUGAUACGCCAGUUGGUGGAAAUUGACGGAGAUAAAGAUUCGUUGCUGCUGGAGGAGAUGGGCAACCAGAGUCUACAGCAGAUGCUUCUCCGGCAUCUUGUAGAAAUGCCGCCAUGGUUUAUAGUUCUCGACAACGUGCUGCCGGAAAUGCGCUUGAAAUCCCUCUUGCUAAACAUUGCAUCCCUUUCACACACAAGGCAUAGAUGUAGAUUGCUGAUCACCAGUUGCAAUCAGAUUCAACAACAGUUUUAUACUCAUGAGAUGAAAGCUUUGGAUGCCGAAAAGAGCUGGAAAUUGUUUUUGAAAACAGUUAAUAUAUUCACAAGUAAUGAGAACAAAUUCUCAAAGGACUUGGAGAUGAAGGGUAGGGAGAUGUUAAAAAAAUGUGGGGGUUUGCCGCUAGCUAUAAAAGAUGUUGCAAGGCAGAAAGCAAAGCAAAGACUCUCGGGGAUUGAAUGGGAAACACUUUUUGAUUCAAUUGAUUUGAGUGGAUCAUUGAAGCAAUUGGAGGUGAUGUACGAUAACUUGGACGAAGAACUCAAGGCAUGUUUCUUGCAUAUGUCCCUUUUUAAGGAAAAUGCAAUAUUGAGAGAAGAGAAGUUGCACUAUAUUUGGGCUGCAAAUGAAGUAAAAACAGGAAUUGCACCAUGUGCCAGGUUAGUUAGUCAGUCCAUUAUUGAAGUCGUGCACCCGUACCCAGAAAUCAACAGAGUGAAAAGGUGUCGCGUGAAUCCUCUACUACACAUGCUAUCCUAUCAAAAAAGCAGAGGAGGAAAUAGGCUUUGAG